AUGCGUCUCACAGCGGUGGUCUUAGUUCUGCUCGUGACAGGCAUCGCCAAAGGUUGGGAAUGCAGCGCAGGGUGCGAUACAGAAAAUGGGUUUUGUGAGAAGCCGGGGAAGUGCAGGUGCAAACCGGGGUGGCAGGGGGACAACUGUGACCGGUGCGUGCCCUUCCCCGGCUGCCUGCACGGCACAUGUGAGAAGGCGUGGCAGUGCGUGUGCCAGGAGGGCUGGGUGGGCAGCCUGUGUGACCAGGAUACUCGCCGGUGCUCGUCCAGGCCCUGUGCUAGUAACGCCACCUGCAUAGAGACGGGAGAGGGGGGAUACCUGUGCAUCUGUCCCCAUGGCUACGCCGGAGACGACUGCCACCUGAAGAGGGGACUCUGCCUGACCAACGGCUCUCCUUGUCAGAACGGAGGCACAUGUAUGGAUGCCGACGGCUCAGCGGUCCGCUCUUCCUGUUUGUGUCCCCCUGGAUUUUCCGGAGACUUCUGUGAGAUGGCCGUUGACAGCUGCCAGCCGAACCCCUGCCUCAACGGUGGCAACUGCACCAGCCACGGCCUGGCCUUCACGUGCUCCUGCCCACGCGGCUUCACCGGCUUCACCUGCAACGACACCAGCAGCCUGUCUGCCUGCGCCGGCCGGCCCUGCGCCAACGAGGGCGCCUGCGUCGGUCAGCCUGACGGAACCUUCCGGUGCGUUUGCCAGAAAUGGUUUACGGGUCCCACGUGCUCCCUGCAGCACAGACCGAAGGCCCGGUCCAAGCCGGUGGGCGCCAGGCCCGCCGACCACCGGGUGUUCGCCCUGACGCCGCAGCACUACUCCCUCCCCGCUCACGCCUUCCACAAGCUCCUCAGGCCCCCCGAGAGGGACCUGCUCAAGAUCACCCUGAAGGAAACGGUGCACUCGUCCGGCGUCCUGGUCACCCACGGUCAGCUGGUCUGCUUCGGCAUGCUGGCGCUGCUCACCUGCCUGGUCAUCCUGGGCACCACCGGCAUCGUGUUUUUUGGCCGCUGCGAGGCGUGGCUGGCCAACGCCAAGUACAGCCAGCUUGUUCGGCAGCAGAGGGAACACCUGCUGAGAGAAGCUGGCGGCACGAGCCAGGAAGAGCCGGAGCACUCGGUGAACAUCAUCCUGCCGGAGAAGAUCAGACUCACCAGCUUUGGGAGACACUACACCUCCAUCUGA